UUCUGCAAUUCGCAAUCCCUUUUAGUACGUCAAUGUCUUUCCGCCAUGGAAAUAAUGCCAUCUGUUAAUAACACUCUUCAAUCAUCAAUGUUCGUUGCACCUCUUCACUUCUAGGGUUCCCCAUUUCUUAUUCUCUCUAAAACCCUUCUCGCCGUAAUGGCGAUUCUCGUAAAGCUUUCGUCUUGCUGAUCAUUUAAAGGUUGUUGUUUGGUUUUUGAGCACAAAGUCUCAUACUUUUUGGUUAAGAUUCACUCACAAGAGUCAAAGGUUACUUCUUUACUACUGGGUUUUUAGUAAUGGACGACGGUGAGCUUGAGUUUUCGAAUUCAAACAUGGGUGGUGAAUUACCACCUAGUAGUUGUUCGAUGGAUUCGUUCUUCGAUGAGCUUUUGAGGGAUUCUCAUGCUUGUACUCAUACUCAUACUUGUAAUCCUCCGGGACCAGAGAACACACAUACUCACACAUGUCUUCAUGUGCACACCAAGAUUCUUCCUUCACAGAGCGAGGAUAAAGUUUCUACCGAUGAUACAUCGGAAUCUUCAGGGAAGAAGAGACCUUUGGGGAAUAGAGAAGCGGUUAGAAAGUAUAGGGAGAAGAAGAAGGCUAAAGCGGCUUCGUUGGAGGAUGAGGUUAUGAGGCUUAAGGCGGUCAAUAAUCAGUUGUUAAAGAGGUUGCAAGGUCAAGCUGUAUUGGAAGCUGAGGUUACAAGGCUCAAGUGUUUGCUUGUUGAUAUAAGAGGAAGAAUUGAUGGAGAGAUUGGUGCGUUUCCUUAUCAGAAGCCUGCGGUUACAAACGUGCCUUACUCAUACAUGAUGCAUCCUUGCAAUAUGCAAUGCGAUGUUGAUAACUUGUACUGCCUUCAAAAUGGGAAUAAUGGAGAAGGUGGAUCGAUGAAUGAUCAAGGGCUAAAUGGUUGUGAGUUUGAUCAGCUAGAGUGCUUGGCUAAUCCGAAUUUAGCUGGCAAGGAGAUCCCUGUCUGUAGUAAUGGGAUUGGAACAUUCACUGUCAAUGGAUCGGGAGCUAAUAAGAGAAAAGGUGGGCCUCGUGCAGCGAAAGCAGUUUGAAGUAUCAUCAAUCAUGUGAUACUAUCAAUCAUUCACCCCAUUUUCAAGUUGGUAGUUAAUUUUCUUCCAAUAAGUAGUAGAGUUCAACUGCAUCACCAGCUUCCUUCAAGUCCAUUUGUGCUAUCAUCAGUUUUUUAAUCUCUUUGCAUUUCCUUGUUGAGCUCGUUGAAGCUAGAAAUAAGACUUGUUAAUAUUUAAAUCUGAGUUUUCCAUUUGGUUUUGUACUUUAGUAGCUUUCUUUUUUUUAAGUUCUUGUAGAAGAGAUUGAAUGUUGCAUUUGGAAAAGUAAGUUAUAGGAAGCCAUCUCGACGAUUAGUA